AUAUAAAUAAUGAAUUCAGUAUUUUCCUGAUGUUGUUUAUUCGACAUGAUACCAUUUAUUAUAAACAUCUUAAAAUCAGCUCAUAUUUAAUAAAAACACAAGCAGAAAGUGAAAGUUUUUGUCCUUCAGUGAAGUGAAAGAGAACAUUUUGAGGGCAGUAAAUAAACCGGUUUGAGAAAUAAAACUCUCUGUCUUUUAGGCAGGAAAACCGGAAGUCUUUGGAGUCCCGUGUGAGCCGUGUAUCAAAUCACUUCCUGUUCCGGUAUAGGGCGCUCUGAAGGGCGCACGAGCAGGGUCAGUUUCACACAUCACGAAGGCUGUAGGCGACGUGUUGGGAUGCGGCGGCGGUUUGAAUGACAGCCUACAUUUCCCAGGAUGCACCGCGGCCGCGUCCUGUGGUGGGCAGGCGUACCAAUGGCGGGUAUUUCCACGCGACUUCUGUGGUGAAGAAGAGCGACGGGCAGCGCGCGCGCGUGUUUUACUUUAUUAAGAUUAACCAGGUAAUAAAACUCGCUCUCGUGGGUAGUUAAGUGUGUGUGUGUGUGUGCGCGCGCGCACGUGCCGUGUGAAUAACGUUGCGAGAGAGCGGCCGUUAGAAGGCUGCGCGCGUGCACGAGGUGUAACUAUAAAACUUAAUUGUUUUAAAUAAUUCGUUUAUUGUUUAUUUGUAUGUAUUGUAUAACUGUAUAUAUUUGUUUUCCUCUCCCGGGGCUGCAGGUCAGUGAAGCGGAUCUUCUGAGUGAUUCCUCCUCCUCCGGCUGAAUUGAAUGAACGGGCACCUGAUGGAAGAACUCUACUUCCGGUGUGUGUUCCUACUGCUGCUCCUGACUUCCGGUUGCACGUUUAAAAGCCAGGCGGCAAAACUCAACAUCCCUAAAGUCCUGCUCCCUCUGGCCAGGAGCACCAGGAUCAACUUCACCCUGGAGGCUACAGAAGGCUGCUACAGAUGGUCGUCGAACAGACCCGAGGUGGCGAGUGUUGAGUCUGUAGAUGUGGAGGAGAAUCAAUGUUCUCAGAAAGCCAUACUGCAGGCUCGUUCCACUCAGCUCUCUCGUCUCACCAGCAUCAUUCUAGCAGAGGACGUGGUGACGGGGCAGGUGCUGCGCUGCGACGCCAUCGUGGACGUCAUUAACGAGAUUCAGAUCGUCUCCACCACACGGGAGCUCCACCUGGAGGACUCACCCCUGGAGCUGAUGAUCCACGCGCUGGAUUCAGAGGGAAACACGUUCAGUACUUUGGCUGGUCUGGUGUUUGACUGGAGCCUCGUAAAGGGCACAGAGACGACUUCACUCCCCGAUUCCUACAGCUCCUUACGAGUGCUGAAGUUCUCCGAUUCGACCUACACACCUCCUACGUACAUCUCAGACAUGGAGCGAGUGGGGAAGCAGGGAGACAUCAUCCUGGUAUCUGGGAUUAAAACUGGCCACGCAAAACUCAAAGCUAAAAUCCAAGAGCCUCUGUACACGCAUGUCGGAGCUGCCGAGGUGCGACUGCUGAUUCUGGAGAACAUUCUCCUGAGCCCUGCCUACGAUGUCUACCUACUUGCCGGAACCUCCAUCAAGUACAAAGUUCAGAAAAUCCGGCAAGGAAAGAUCACAGAGCUCUCUAUGCCGUGUGAUCAGUAUGAGCUCCAGCUGAAGAACAGCGUGGUGGCUCCUGGAGUAAACGUGAACUCUGCAGUGGCUGAGCUCGAUCCCAGCACCUCGACGGUCUUUGCUCUUCAGCACGGACACACAAACAUUGUCUUGGAUCACAAGACUCUGGGGAUGAAGGGAGCAUCUCGACUUCCAAACAGCACACUGUACGUGGUGGAACCUGGAUACCUGGUGUUUAAGAUAAACCCUGGAGAACGUUGGGUUCUGGAGACUGGAAGAACCUAUGAGAUCUUCAUUGAAGUUUUUGACAAGUCCAGCAACAAGAUUUAUCUCUCUGAUAACGUCCGGAUAGAACCCACCUUUCCUAAAGAGUUCUUCGAGGUUCUGGAGUCGUCCCUGAACGGAUCAUACCAUCAUGUUAAAGCAGUGAAGAAUGGACAGACGCUCAUUGAGGGGAUGCUGAGGGCCGUUGUGGAUAAGAGAGGAAUCGAACACACACUUCCUGUCCCAGUAAGAAACGAACAGGACGUGGAAAUCUACAACCCCAUCGUCCUCAAUCCCGCCAUCCUCACAUUCCCAUGGCAACCGAAAGAAGGGGCGUAUCAGUACACUAUUAAGGCGAAGGGAGGAAGCGGAAACUUCAGCUGGUCGUCCUCGAACGCGGCUGUCGCUACGGUUACGGUGAAGGGCGUGAUGACGACGGUGCGUGACAUCGGCGCGAGUACGGUGUUCGCUUACGACCUACGGAACCCUCUACAUUACGGAGAGAUGAAGGUGUACGUGAUCGAGCCGGUGAGGAUGGAAUUUGCUCCGUGUGUGGUGGAGGCUCAGGUGAACCUGGGUCUGGAGCUUCCACUGCGUAUCUUUGGCCAGCUGAGCUCCGAGGAGGGUGAGAAGGUCACGCUGAGUGACUGCUCACACUUUGAGUUGCAGGUGCAGAUGGAAAAUCAAGGCGUGUUCCAGCUCCAGCAGGGGCGUUUACCCCCGGGUCAGCAGCACUGCAGUGGUGUGCGUGUGCAGGCCGUAUCUCCAGGUUACACAAACCUGCUGGUCAGUUACACACACGGAAAUGUUCACCUGAGCGCCAAGAUCACCAUCGCAGCAUACCCACCUCUCAGAGCUGUAGAUCCCGUCUCCGUUGCUCUUGUCACUCUCGGCUCCUCUAAAGACAUGCUGUUUGAAGGCGGCCCGAAGCCCUGGAUCCUCGAACCUUCUAAGUUUUUCAGGAACCUGACGGCCGAGGAUCCGACCAGUGUGACGCUCACGCUAACAGGCCCUGCGUCACGCAACUACUUCACUCACAACAUCAGAGCGACGUGCCGUGUCCUCGGGGAACAGGUGUUAGCGGUGACUGUAGGGAAUCGGCCGACGCUGACUAACCCGUUCCCGGCAGUGGAACCAGCAGUGGUGAAGUUUGUUUGCGCUCCUCCAUCACGCCUUGCACUCGUCCCCGUCUACACCAACGCCCAGCUGGACCUGUCCUGUCCCCUGCUGCAGCACAACAAACAAGUGGUUCCCGUGUCUAAUUAUCGGAACCCAGAGUUGGACGUGGCGGUGUUUGACCGACAGGGCAGGAAGUUUGAUAACUUCAGCUCCCUGAGUGUAACGUGGGAGACGUCCAGAGCCGCGCUGGCGAGCAUCGAGUCCAACAAACCCAUGGAGCUGUACAUCACUGUGGAGAGCAACACCGAACAGAAGAAACUCCACGGACGGCAGACGGUGUUUGUUCAUCACGAGUCGGGCGUGGCAGCAAUCACCGUCAGUGCACUGGGGUACCAGACGUCUCAUCUUGAGAAAGCAGCUGUUCUACCAGGGUUUGAGUCUCUGACGGUGGUCUCUGCUACAUUGGACCUCCUGUUGGUUGAAGAUGUGACUGUGACCCCUCAGUCAGUCUCUAUUUAUAACCACCCUGAUGUGAGGGCCGAGCUCGUGCUGAGAGAAGGCUCAGGCUAUUUCUUCGUGAACACGAGCAUCCGUGGAAUCGCUGACGUGGUGUUUCAGGAGUCUCGGGGAAUCGCUGAGGUAGUUCCAGCGCAUGCGGGUGUCCUCCAGGUGAUGGUUCACGACCUCUGCUUGACCUUCCCCGCCCCUGCCACAGCCACGGUCCAUGUGUCUGACAUCCUGGAGGUUUACGUGCGUGUGGUGGAUAAGGUGGAGAUCGAGAAGUCCGUCAGAGCUUACGUUCGAGUUUUGGACGACACCAAAAAGCCGUUUCUUGCCAAAUAUUUCUCUAAUAUGAAUCUGAAACUGAAAGCUGCAUCAUCCCUCGUGUCUCUGCAACCUUUAUUGGAGUACUCUGAGAAGGACACGGCUACGUUCCUGGUCAAAGGUCUGAUGAUCGGACAGACGAGUAUCUCCGCUUUCGUGACUGAUAAAAACGGGAGAACCAUCUCAUCUGUACCGCAGCAAAUCGAAGUCUUCCCACCUUUCAGGCUGCUCCCAAGAAAAGUCACGCUGAUUAUCGGGGCAGUGAUGCAGAUCACAUCAGAAGGAGGUCCACAGCCUCAAUCCAACAUCCAGUUCUCCUUAAGCGACUCGAACAUCGCCUCCGUUAACAACAUCGGUCUGGUUCGGGGCGUCGCCGUGGGCAACAUGACCGUCACCGGAGUCGUACAAGCCGUCGAUACGGAAAGCGGCAAACUGGUGGUGAUCUCGCAGGAUCAGGUGGAGGUGGAGGUGGUGCAGCUGAAAGGCAUCCGAAUCAGCGCACCCAUCACCAGGAUGAAGACGGGAACCAUGAUGCCUGUGUAUGUGAUGGGUCUGACGAGCAGCGUGACUCCGUUCUCCUUCGGUAACGCUCUUCCAGGACUGACGUUCCACUGGAGUGUAACUAAGAGAGACAUCCUGGACGUCCACACUCGCCAUUCUGAGGCCUCCGUUAAACUUUCUGCUGAGCACAGCUUUGCCAUGAGCGUGUCUGGCCGCAGUAAAGGACGCACUGGACUGAAGGUGGUGGUACGAGCGACCGUUCCAGAAGCUGGGCAUCUGUGGGGCAACAAGCUGGAGCUCAGUGAUGAAAUUCAGAUCCAGGUUUAUGAGAAAUUGCAGCUGCUGAAUCCUGAAGUUCAGACAGAGGAGAUUUUGAUGUCACCAAACUCUUUAUUGAAACUUCAAACCAACCGGGAUGGAGUGGGUUCUGUGUUGUAUCGGGUUCUAGACUGUCCUGAUAAAGCGCCUCUUAUCCACGUGGAUGAUAACGGCCAUCUCACGUCAGGCUCUCUGACGGGCAUGGCGUCGUUACAGAUCACCGCUCAGGAGAGCUUCGGGGUCAAUCAGACCAUCAUCCUGGCUGUGAAGGUGGUGACCGUGUCGUACCUGAGGCUGAGUACCAGUUCAGUUUUCUACAACACAGAGACUCUUUCAGCCUUCCCUCUCGGCUCUGUCCUCACCUUCUCCGUCCACUUCCAUGACAGCACCGGUGAAGCUCUACACAGCCACAACUCCCAGCUCACCUUCUCCACCAACAGGGACGACCUGGUGCAGGUGGGUAAAGGUGUAAGUAAUAACACACUCACAGUGAGGACAGUAAACGUUGGUUUGACGUUGUUGAGCAUUUGGGAUCCGGAACAAAGCAGCCUGGUGGAUUACGUCGCUCUCCCCGUCCAUCACGCCAUCCACCCAGCCGACGCCCACCACCUCGUACCCGCUGACGUGGUGUGUUUUUCAGCACAGCUCGUCAGCCAUGAUGGGCUCUCAGGAACAUGGAGCUCUUCCUCCAGUGCCAUCCUGGAGAUCCAUCCCAAAACAGGUGUGGCUGUAGCUAGAGAUGUGGGCACUGUGACCGUUUAUUACGAGAUUCCAGGACACCUGCGCACCUACAGAGAGGUCAUCGUGGACAGCGUUUCAAAGACUGUUGCCACGGUUCCCUCGGGUUCUGUAAGAAACGAAAGAGAGGCCAAAGUGUUUCUGACUACCAGAGAGCGAGGAACCAACCUCAUGGGAAGCUGCUCGCUCGCACAGUUGGAAAGCGUCGCCUCUCUGCAGCCAGAGAAGUCAAUCAGGUGCCACCUGCAGUUCACCAGCGACGCCGUGGACUUCUCAGCUCACGACGUCUACCACACACACACCACCUUCGACACGAGCACAGGUGUGUACAGCUGUGUGUUGACACUCGGGCCAAUGACGGAGCAGCAGGUGAAGAUUCUGAGCGUGUCCAUGAGCGGUGUGAGGGUGGAGGCGGAUGUGGAGGGAAGCCGUUUUACAGGAGAACGGGUCAGCGCCGAGCUGCAGGUCAAACCCGGGUUCUACUCCGAUCAAACUCACAUCAUCCUGAGCAGCCAGCACACCACCGCCGAACUCAGUGUGUACGGAGCCACGGGACUACUGAAGCACCUGCAGGUAAAGUCGAGCUCUCCCUCCAUCCUGGUUCAGGAAAAGGAGGUCUCCUUCACCUACCCGAGCUUUAUCAGAUACACCGUGACCCUGCUGAACCUGAGGGAUGUCAGCUCUGCCUCUCUGACUGUGUGGAGUCCUGGCAGCGAGCAACAGCUUCUCAUCCCCAUCACCGUUGUACACACCACAGACAGCAGCUCCACCACCAGAGCAGGUGUAGGAGGAGAGGGAGAUGGGAUCCUGCAGCAGUUCAUGGACUCCUAUCAGGUCAUGUUCUUCACCCUGUUUGCUCUCCUGGCUGGAACAGCUGUUAUAGUUAUCGUGUGUCACGCUAUUUUCUCUCCAAGAGACCCACCAGUUCAUUCUGCUUUCAUCCAGAAAACUCCGCCCCCUCCAGUGUCUCCGGUCGCGAGUCAUUUUAACAGCUCACUUCAUUCACCCGAUCUGAGGAGCAGUCCGAAGCUGCGUCUGUUCUCUCCGAGCUACAACUCUCGCUGAAACCUCGCCAAAACCUCACGGUGUGUCCCGACGUGCCUUAACGUGAAGAAAACCACAGUGUGUGUGUGUGUGUGUGUUGCUUCCUGAUAUUUACUUUUGCUGAUUUGUGUAUUGUUUUUGUUUGUUUUUGUUUAUUGUAGAACUGGUUAUUUAUGAUCCCCUUGAUUAUUUUUUUUUUUUUUUUUUGCAUUUUUAUGACUCUGGGCAUUUUUUAUUUAGUCGAUCUGAUGACUCUGUGAAUACGUGACAACUCAGGACCUCACACCGACACGCUUUUCACGUGAUGUAGCGUGUUGUUAUAGUAUAGUAAAUAUACUAAGUCCUCACUGAAUCCGUCUUCGUUACGCAGCACUCUGAAAUAGCCAGUUUUUGUGUAUUUGUAAAGUGAAAACGUUUUUCUACUGUUUGUGACGAAGCUUUUACGCGUCUCGUCCGAGCCAACCGGCAGCUUCUCCAUUACUCAUGUAAAACAACCGCGCUUUCUUCGGUUACUGCUCAUAUCCGGGGUACAGAAGGUCCGAGACCACCACCUGUUUAUUAUAAUAAUGUUGAGUGGUGAUGUUCGGGGGAUUUGUGAGUUUUCUGAUGGGAGAUCAACAGUAACACUGUGACACAUGUGCUGCAAGAUGAUUGGCUGAUCUCGCUCAUGAUUAUAACACGAUCCAUAAAUGAACCACAGUAAUGCAGUAUUCCAAAUUGCCCCGCCCCUUAUAAUGACUCCGCCCUCAACCUUCUCGCAUGGCUCCAGUAUUUCAGGUCGUGUGUCGUGGCUGAUCAGGUAAAUGAAACUCCGCCGGUCUGUAGUUGUGAACUGCUGUUAUAAUUGUUUAUUUGUAAUUGAUUCGUCAGCAGUUUUCACGUAUUAUGAUGUAAAUUGGGUGGAAAGUUUUCGCUCGACCCGAUCAGCUUUAUUAGAGAAAAAGAAGAGAGAAUACGAUGUAUUUAAGUGUACAGAUUUAAGAAACCCUGAUGAUUUAUUUACUCAAUUUAUUAUAAUUAGAAGAUUUUCUACUUUAAGCAACACAUCCAGUGGAGUCUCUCCAGAAUCUAUACAAAACUUUCUCUCCUGAAAUAGAGAAUUUGUGGUUUAGUUGAUAUUUUUGAGGAAAUAAAGUUUGUGGACUCGGACUUCCUCACGUAUCCAAACGUGUUCUGUACACGUGACUUUUGUGAAUGAUUCGGACGGAAAUUGUGAUUUUUUUUUUUUUACCUGUAUUACUCAAGGGGCAAAGCCUUAGGGGGCAGGGUUCAGGGGGGCAGGGUUUGGAUCUUCAGGGUCAGGGCUCAGAUCUUGUGGACAGGGCAUUGGGGUCAGUGGUCAGGGUUUGGAGCUCGCACGUCAGGCCUCGGCACCACAUUUUGUGUGUUUUUUUCUUGUUCAGCCUCUAAGACUGCAGCAGAGUAUGAAAUCAAAUCCAUAUUUUGGCUUUAAAAAUCCUUCUGUGAAUCUCAUGUGAAACUUUGACAAUGUGAGUUUUAUGUUUUGAGGAGUUCAGCCUCAACUUCAUCCUCAUCCUCCUCAUUUUUUGAGUUUGUAUUUCAAAUCAAUGUCAUGAUUAUAUUUAAAUAAUUGUUUAACUGCCUUCCUGUAACAUUUCUACAUCUGUUUGCUGUUUUGCUGAAUAAAUACUUUUUUAAAAUC